AUGGUGUUGGCUCGGCUGUUUAUAAUUUUCUUUUUAGCAUUAAACUUUUGCAAAGGAGAUCUUGAUGGCAGCCAAUUACUGGAAGAAAUGGAUGACACUGACAUAGAUAUUGAAUCUGUUCCCGGCAAUCGCAAUUUACCUUUGCAAAACGCGAUUUUAACGCAUCCUAGGCACGCAAAGUCAAAGACAAGGAUGAAACGCCGAAGAUACAAAUGCUAUUCAUGCGAGCCACCAGACUGCGCUGAUACUGCUGCUCAUGGGCACUACUGUCAGAAUGCAAUACAGUGCUGGAAAUCACGGACCCGUGAUCCGGAGGGCAACGAAAAUGUUCAACGAGGUUGUACCACUGAACACGAACAAUUGGCGCUUUAUUGUAGCCAGAAUCAACAAAAAAUCUCCACCGGUGCUCCCGCCGUUGGCCCGAAAAAACGUCACAUUUCCGGUACCAGAAUGUACAAUAUAGAAUGUUGCGCCGGAGAUUAUUGCAACAAUGGAUCCUUUCCAGAGUUACCGCCAAUGAAGGUAUCCAACUCUCUUCCAGUUGCAGAUCCAUUCGUACUUAAAAUGGCUGGAGCCAUUUUAUUGCCGUUUGGCACUGUUAUUAUUGUCGCCGCUACAGCUAUUUAUUGUAUGCGUAGGGCGCAUCGAAAAAGGAUGGCCGCUAGUCGUACAAAAUAUGAUCCUGAGACAUAUUACACCAAUGACGAUGUCCUUCGGGCCACAAGCGCUGGAGAUAGUACACUACGCGAAUAUCUACAACAUUCAGUAACUUCUGGAUCUGGAAGUGGGUUGCCCUUACUUAUUCAACGAACGCUUGCCAAACAAGUGUCACUGUGCGAAUGCAUUGGUCGUGGUCGUUAUGGUGAAGUAUGGCGGGGUAUUUGGCACGGCGAAAGUGUAGCAGUAAAAAUUUUCUUUAGUCGCGACGAAGAUUCCUGGAAGCGUGAAACUGAAAUUUAUGGCACGGUCUUGUUGCGACAUGAAAACAUACUUGGAUACGUUGGAUCAGAUAUGACGUCUAGAAACUCUUGCACUCAGCUGUGGCUCAUUACUCACUAUUAUCCACAAGGAUCGCUGUUUGAUUAUUUAAACCGUACUGCCAUUACGACGCAUCAGAUGAUAACUAUUUGCCUGUCCAUCGCCAAUGGCUUGGUACAUCUACAUACAGAGAUAUUUGGUACCGAGGGAAAACCGGCCAUCGCACACAGAGAUCUGAAAACGAAAAAUGUACUGAUUCGCACGAACGGAACGUGCGUUAUAGCGGAUUUCGGUCUUGCAGUAAUGCACAGCCAAACAACCAACAAAAUUGAUAUCGGUAAUACAGCACGUGUUGGUACAAAACGUUAUAUGGCACCUGAAGUUUUAGACGAAAGCAUUAGUAUGGAUUGUUUUGACGCAUUACGAAAGGCUGAUAUUUACGCUAUUGGGCUCAUCUUAUGGGAAGUUUGUCGACGAACCAUUUCUUGUGGAAUUGCUGAGGAAUACAAGGUGCCAUUUUUUGACUAUGUUUCUUCUGACCCCAGUUUUGAAGAAAUGCGCAAAGUCGUGUGUGUAGACAACAAUAGACCAUCGGUUCAGAAUCGAUGGGCAUCUGAUCCGUUUCUCACAAGCAUGUCGAAACUGAUGCGCGAAUGUUGGCAUAUGAAUCCCAACGUUCGAUUGCCCGCACUACGCAUAAAAAAAACCCUUCUGAAGCUGGCUAGUUCCGAUGAAGCUAUUAAAAUUCCAAGUUUCGAUGGUGAAGUGAUGGUAUGAUCGGAGGCGGUCGUCGAUAGAAAAGAACACUCUUAAUUUUCUCUUGUAUAUAAUUUAUUAUUAUAUGGAACUGCGUUGGUCGUACAUAACCAAACGUGCCAUGAAGUGUACGUGCGGACUCUUUGCAUCAUAUUCUAGACUAUUACGUGCUUUUUUACACGAAUGAUAAGAUUUAAGAUUUUUUAUGAUAGGAUGUAGAAGUGUAUUAGGUUUCAAGCUUCAGUUUCAGUUGAUUGAUUUUAACGGUAUUUUAACAAACAUCAUUGAGGAAGAGAAAGGGGCAACCAAACAUUCGAGAAGGGUAAACUUUGUCGUUCGUUGGUAAUCAAUGUCAUCAUUAAAAUUAUGUCUGCUAGGAAAGGUGUAGAAUUUAAUAUGUAUCACGUUUUUCAUCGCCAUGUCGUAUAUGAUUUUCGCGAGGCAUAACUGCAUUCUAGAAAAACUGACAAUUCUAGCAGAUUUAGCUUUUAUUGAAUAAUGAUUUUCGUAGUUUGAAUUUUGUUGUAACAAAAAAUUUUAUACAUGUACAUUCUUUAAAGAGGUUAAACAUAGAAUUUUAUUCUAUGAAAUAGAUUAAUGAAAAUUACGAAGUAUAAUUGAGAGAAUAAAAUUGUUUUAUCGAUCUAUCAUUCAUCGUUUGGACGACGAAGGCAAUAAUAAAAACACAACAAAUACGGGCGACUCCAAGAGCCUAACAAUGUGCUGCGGCAUAUUGCACGAAAUCGGCUGGUACUAUUACGAAUGAAAAUCAACAUGGUUGAACUACACCAAUUUCAAUUUCAUGGAGAAUUAUGGAUGAAAUAAAUACAAUCUAACGAAAGAAAUAAACAUCAACAACAAAUAAAUAUAGUCCUGUAUAUUGUAAUAGUCUUGUUUUUUUGUACUGGUAAACUGGCAAUUCGUAAAUAAGGAUAGAUACAGUGGGGAAAUAUCGAGACAAAUGCGGUCUAUAUACUAUUUGUAACUGUUGAAAUACAAUUAACAAUGGAACAAGAAUUAUUAUUAAG